AUGAAGCCACCUAAGCUAGCCUGUGGGAGAAGAGGUUCCGCCUGGCUGUGCGCCCUGCUCUGGCUGCUGGGGGAGCCGCCGGGAGCCGCUUUCGUGGCGAUUUGUGCCCGGCAGGGAGACUCGAGCUGCCGCUUCUUGCCCGUGUCGGAUCUUUUCGAGCGGGUGAUCCAGCGCUCGGACAGGCUGCACAGCCUCUCCACGGCGCUCUACUCGGACUUGGAAAAAAACUUUCUACCCAGUGGAAACGAGUUGGGCAAAUGGACAGGUAAAUGCCACACCGCAAGGAUGCUAACGCCUAAUGGCAAGGAGUAUGUCCAAAAAAUACCGAGAGAAGAACUAACUCACUUGAUAUUGAGACUCUUGCAAGCCUGGAAGGAACCACUUUCCCACUUUGACCAGAAUAUUGGUCAUCAUCAAGAAUUAUCUAGUGACAGCCUGAGCAAAGCAAAGCAAAUCAGCAAUAUGGUGCAUGAGUUAAAGACUGGAAUGGAGAAAGUAACAGAGAAGAUGCAGUCAAUGGGGAUCAUCAGCAAUUCAUUGAAUGGAAUGGGAUCAUCAGAAGCAGCUGGUUUAUCCAUUAGUAAAGAAGCAAAUUUGAUGAGUGACUAUAAGUUUAUUCACUGCUUCAGGAGAGACUCCAAUAAAGUACAAAGCUACUUAAAAAUUCUUAAAUGUAGGAUUUGGCCAGGAAAUAGUUGUUGAGUUUUAAUCUGACAGGCAAUUUUCAGAAUUAAAGCUGCAUGUUGUCUGCAAAGAUCGAACAAAAUAAUUUAUAAAGGUUUUAUGACAUUUGCAGUAAUAGUAUAUUAUUAACAAAGAAAACUAGUUUUGAAUUUGUUUGCCAAUUAUUUAUUUUACACUGUUAACCUACAUAGUUGAAAUAUUAAAUAAGGCAUAAUGUGUGCAUGUGGGUUUCACACAUCAGGUAGAUUGGAUUUCAGUGGUAGUGCAUAAACCAGUUUUUGACUAUAUAGUAUGUCAAACUGCACUUUAAAUAGUUCACAUAUUUUCAGGUGUACACAUUGUCAUUG